CCCACAACUGAGGAAGCCACCACACAGCCUCCCACAACUGAGGAAGCCACCACACAGCCUCCCACAACUGAGGAAGAAACAACACAGCCGGCCGCAACUGAGGAAACAACCACACAGCCUCCCACAACUGAGGAAGCAACAACACAGCCUCCCGUAACUGAGGAAGCCACCACACAACCUCCCACAACUGAAGAAGAAACCACACAGCCUGCCGCAACUGAGGAAGCAACUACACAACCUCCCACAACUGAGGAAGCAACAACACAGCCUCCCACAACUGAGGAAGCAACCACCCAACCUCCCACAACUGAGGAAGCAACCACCCAACCUCCCACAACAGAGGAAUCAACAACACAGCCUCCCACAACUGAGGAAGCAAUCACCAUACCAGUUGUUAUAGUGUAUUCUGAGUCGGUAGAGACACCAGCAGCGAAUAACACCAAAAACACUACCGGCGGUCUCAAGAAUAAGAACAAAGGUCCCGACAGGAUAGUCGUGGACAUGCCGGGUGAUCACAUUGCUACAGAGCCAACUAUUGAUGCUGCUACAACAGCUCAGGGAGGUAGUUCAGUGCCAGUCACCACUUCAUCCUCCGACUCUAGCACCACUCCCACCGAGACGGGCAUAAAGAGAGAGUCCACAACGACAGAAGCAACAACCGAAUCGGCAACUUCAACUGCUGCUCCAACAGACACACCAACCACUACUCCAACCACCACACCAACCACUACUCCGACCACUACUCCGACCACAAGGCCAACCACAACUCCGACCACCACACCAACCACAACUCCGACCACCACACCAACCACAACUCCGACCACCACACCAACCACCACACCGACCACAACUCCGACCACCACACCAACCACAACUCCGACCACUACACCGACCACAACUCCAGCAAUCACUACAACCAGCAUUCCCACCACCACUCAAACCGACUCUCCAACAACUACCACAACCGGCACUCAAGCAGCCACUGAAGCCGCCACUACCACGACUGCUCCGCCCACCACAGCCACAACCACAACAACCAGAAACGAUCUGAACCCAACCAGUCAGACCUCCGAGACAAGUGCCGCCGGUACCCAAGGAAACAAUUCGGCCGUCACAACUCCCAGCGCCGCCGAUCCCGGAGACGCCAGCGAUCCGACGACGACCGGUGCCGACAGUGACUUCGCCCACAACUUUGGCGUUACGGCCAACGCUCCCAACGGCUCAAACGACACAUUUGUAUUUGCGGCUGCCGGUGCCGGUGGUGGUGGUGCAGGUGGUGGUGGUGGCGGAGGAGGCAAGAGUGGCAAUGGCGGUGGAUUCAACCUUGGGUUUAUCAUCGCACCCAUCAUCCUGGCGGCUUGUAUGUUUCUAGCUUUCGCCGGCCUUCUGGUCCGUCGUCGACGCAGGAAGCCCAAAGGGACCAUUGUGAUGAUGGUCAACGACACCGAUAAGAUUGUCGAGGCGUCCGCGUCUUGGUACGGGAUUAAUGAACAGGCCAGCUUGAAAAGCGGCAAGGGCUCCGUAAAGGGCAAGUUCCGCUUCGAGGAGAGCGACUUUAACUUUGAGGAGCAGAACAGUGCCACGGAGGACGUCUCGAUCCGCGCCGAGGACAUUGACACGGAUCAAAUCGUCACGGCAACCACCAGCGCUGCCAGCAACUCCGGCGACUAUUCUGCCGUCCACGCCGCCGGGUCCGGAGACCCGCAAGCAUCCUUUGCGGCACUCGGAGAGAGCUCGCCAUACGCGCCGGUGGACGCCCACUUCAUUCUCGCCAACCAACAGCAGGAACAGCCUACAUACUCCACGCUGGAAGCCCAUCAGCAACAGCAGCAGAUGCAUGGCCAGGCGAAUGGUGCUCAGCAGUAUUCCAACAUCCAACAGCAGUCGUCCAAGCAGCAGAUGGCCCAACAGUAUUCACCCGUUCCCCGUCAGCAGGCGCAGGAGGAACAGCCGCAGACACACCAGGACCACACGCAACAGCCACUGGCUCACAAACAGCCGUACGCCAGCGUGUCGCGAGGCAAUCGCUCCAGCGCCCGCCCAGUGCAAUCGCACGGCGUCACCCUGGUCGACGUUGAGGACGAGUCGCAGGAUGGGUCUCUCAUCCAGGAGGGCUUCGACAGCUUGGCCGUGGGGCGAGGGGCGGCGGCCGGAUCGAAGCGACUGGCAAAGUCGAUUUCCACCGCCAGCGCUCAGAGCGCGCAGUCGUUCUUGGUGGACGAUGUGCAGGCUGCUGGCAGCGAAGGUGUGCAGGUUUCGUCCAGUAACUAUGCCAACAUGCACAUGAAUCAAACUCAGGCUGCUGCGCUCAACCAAAUCGGAAACAACGCGUCCGCAAACAGUGCCGGCAUGCACGCCAACCAAACCCAGACCGCCACCAUCGGCCAAUCCAUGAACCAGGGCAGCCAUGCCGGUUUCCAGGCCGACGGACCGGAGGCGUACACGCAGCGCGAACAAGCGGCACGCCAGUACGCCAGCGUGUCGCGCGCCAAUCGCUCCAGCGCACGUCAACUGCAGCCGCAGUGCGUCACCCUGGUCGACGUUGAAGACGGCGAGGCACAGGACGCGUCGCUCAUCCAGCAGGGCUUUGACAGCCUCGCCGUUGAGCGUGGAUCGCCGGGAUCGAAGCGCCUGGCCAAGUCGGUAUCCACCACGAGCGCUCGCAGCACGCAGUCGUUCUUGGCUGACGAUCUGCAGGAUGCUGUCGCUGCCAACGACGGCGAUCUCCAGCCGGGAACUGUUAGUGGCACUGAUCACAUCGACGGCUUCCAGGCGGCGGCCAUCAGCAGCAGUGCUGCCGGCUUGCACACCAACGGAUCGCGCAAAGCCAAGUCCAGUCAGUCGUCGGUGCAAACUGCCGGCGCUGCAUUCAGCGCUGGCGGUGUGAGCGUCAACGGACCUCGCAGUGCCGCGUCCAUCCAAUCCUCGGUCCACGCUGCUGGCGCUUUCAAUGCCGGCAUGAGUCCUGACGGAUCCCGCAGAGCCGUGUCCAACCAAUCCUCGGUGCAAGCUGCCGGCGCGUUCAAUGCCGGCAUGAGUCCUGACGGAUCCCGCAGAGCCGUGUCCAACCAAUCCUCGGUGCAAGCUGCCGGCGCGUUCAAUGCCAGCAUGAGCCCUGACGGAUCCCGCAGAGCCGCGUCCAAUCAGGCCUCGGUCCAGACCGCCGGCGCUUUCCAGGCGUCCGAGGCCGAUCUCAUUUCGCCGACGGAUAGCCUCGACGAGCUGGACGUCGUGGACUUGGAGGCGGAGGAGCGACAGCGGACGGCCUCCAAGCCAGGCGUACGUCCUCGCAUGGCGCUCCCCGGAACGGCCAGUGUUGGCCAGCACGUUGACUUCAGCUCGGCAAGCGAGACCGCACACGGCAGCAAGCGCCUCUCCAAGAAGAAGAGGAAGGCGCUGAAGAGCCAGUCGGGCAUUGGCAGUGUGCAGAUCAUGCGUCCCAUCACCAGCGCCCACAGCAUCCAGUCGUUCUUGCCCGACGACGACGACUGCGAAGACGGUUCGGCAGCGGUCGAAGGCUUCGCCGAGAACUAUGCCAACACGGCCGAGUUUGACCGGCGGUCACGACUGGCCAGUGCCAGCCGAGUGGAGUCCUACCAGCCCGACCUCGUCUCGCAGGUCGACAGCCUCGACUUUGGCGGCGAGGAGGCACAGAUCGUGGACGUAGAGGCCGACAUUGCCAUGGCCGUCUCCAGCAGCCGCUUUGCGUCCAGCGCCCACAUGGCCUCGCCGGCCCUCAACUGGGACGGAGGUGAAGAGGGCGAGAGCGGCGGACUAAAUCCGUCGUCGCCGCGCAGCAGAUGCGCCAGCACGCGCACCGUCUCCAAGAGCCACGCCGAGCAGACGGCUGUCGUCACGGAACUUGGCGACAAGGAGUACGAGCCGCUCACGCCCUACCAGCUGGCCGCGGCCGCCUCGGCGAACCGCGACAAGUCCGCCCAUCGGUCGCGUGCCAAGCGUCUCGACGCGCGCAAGAGCCUGGACAAUAUCAUUUAA